AUGGCCUGCAACAGCCUCUGCCGUCCCUGCGUACCCAGCCCGCUGGCCAACAGCUGCAACGAGCCCUGUGCCCUGCAAUGCCAGGAUUCCCGCGUCAUCAUCAACCCUUCCCCUGUGAUGGUCACCCUGCCAGGACCCAUCAUGACCUCCUUCCCCCAGAACACCGCCGUCGGAUCCACCUCCUCGGCUGCUCUGGGCACUGAGCUCAAUGCCCAGGGACAGCCCAUCUCUGGCGGAUUUGGCUUUGGCCUUGGCUACGGCCUGGGAGGCCUGGGCUGCUAUGGCAGAAGGGGCUAUGGCUCCAUCUGCUAA